AUGGCGGCCGUGACCGCGCUGAGGAGCAGCUGCCGAGCCGCGGGGCGCCUGGUUUGCAUUCAUCGCGUUAGAUCGUGCAGCAGCAUUCGCUUUAUAAAAUCAAAAUAUGUGUGCGUGUUUGACAAAUCUGCCCUCAAGUUUAGUCAUCAACAGCGAUUAUUCAGAACAUCUGCUGUUUCAUGUGGCCAAAUUGUCCAGUUUAAGCUUUCUGACAUUGGAGAAGGAAUUACAGAGGUGACAGUAAAAGAAUGGUACGUAAAGGAAGGUGACAGCGUGUCGCAGUUUGACAGCAUCUGUGAGGUACAGAGUGAUAAAGCCUCUGUUACUAUCACCAGUCGUUACGAUGGCAUCAUCAGAAAACUCCAUUACAGCAUAGAUGAUAUUGCUUUUGUUGGAAAACCACUAGUGGACAUUGAAAUUGAUGCUUCUAAAGGUGUUGCCUCAGAAGAAGAUGUCGUUGAAACACCUCCUAUGUCUCAUGAAGAGCACACUCACCAAGAGAUAAAAGGUCACAAAACAUUAGCUACCCCUGCAGUUCGUCGCCUGGCCAUGGAGAACAAUAUUAAAUUGAGUGAAGUUGUUGGGACAGGGAAGGAUAACAGAAUCCUUAAAGAAGAUAUACUCAACUACUUGGCCAAACAAACAGGAGCUAUUUUGCCUCCCUCACCAAAGGCUGAAAUUGUCCCACCUGUGAGGAAAACAGAGGCUGUGCCAGCUGCUCCAAAGGACAAAGCACGCAAAAUUCCUGUGCCUCUUACCAGACCCAUUGCAUUUUCAGGAAAAGAUAGAACUGAACCUGUAACAGGUUUUCAGAAGGCCAUGGUAAAGACUAUGAGUGCAGCCCUGAAGAUCCCUCAUUUUGGUUAUUCUGAUGAGGUUGAUUUGACUCAACUUGUUCAGCUGCGAGAAGAGCUGAAGCCUCUAGCUGAAAUCCGUGGAGUUAAACUUUCCUUUAUGCCUUUCUUCAUAAAGGCAGCCUCUCUGGGAUUGCUGCAGUAUCCCAUUCUUAAUGCUUCUUUGGAUGAGAACUGUCAAAAUGUUACAUAUAAGGCUUCACACAACAUUGGAGUUGCAAUGGACACUGAGCAAGGUUUAAUUGUCCCAAAUGUGAAAAAUGUUCAAGUCUGCAGUGUGUUUGACAUUGCUGUGGAGUUAAAUCGCCUCCAGUCCUUGGGCUCUGCAGGCCAGCUGGGAACAAGUGACCUCACUGGGGGAACAUUCACCCUUUCAAAUAUUGGCACAAUUGGUGGCACUUAUGCCAAACCAGUGAUACUACCUCCUGAAGUAGCUAUUGGAGCACUUGGAAAGAUACAGGUUCUUCCUAGGUUUAAUGGCAAAGGUGAAGUAUUUAAAGCACAGAUAAUGAAUGUGAGUUGGUCAGCUGAUCAUCGCAUCAUUGAUGGAGCUACAAUGGCCCGGUUUUCCAACUUGUGGAAAUCUUACUUGGAGAACCCUGCUUCGAUGCUGCUGGACCUUAAAUAA